AUGCCGAGUACGUCCGCAUGCUCCGGAAGGCCGACCCCGGCGACGUCGCCGCUGACCAACCCCCGUGUUGCAGAGGCCGACGCCACGCCACCGCGAUGGCCGCGCCGCUUCGCCGCCGUGCUCAAGACCCUCGUCCUGGCGGCGUGCCUGCUCGGCCUGCGCCCCGCCCUGGGGGAGGCCGCCGUGCUCCUGGAGGUGCCCGGCGUCGGCGUGCUGCGGGGGACGACCCAGCGCAGCGCCGACAACGCUCCCUUCGCCGCCUUCGAGGGCGUGCCCUACGCCAAGCCCCCCGUCGGCGCCCUGCGGUUCCAGCCUGCCAAACCAUCAGCGUCGUCCCCGUUCAUGGUGCUGAACGCGACCUCGCAGACGAUGCCGUGCCCCUACCUCUCCGACAAGGGCGUCCUCGUCGGGGUGGAGGACUGCCUGUACCUCAGCGUCUACACGCCCCAGGUGAACGCGGCCCAGGGGCUGCCCGUGCUGGUGGUGCUGCCCGGCGACGACUGGACGCGGGGCUACGCGGGCCGCUGGAAGCCGCACCGACUGGUGGACCGCGGCGUGGUCGUGGUCACCGUGCAGUCGAGGCUCGGCGCCCUGGGCUUCCUGACGACGGGGGACGCCGACGCCCCCGGCAACCUGGGCCUCAAGGACGAGAGGCUGGCGCUGUCGUGGGUCCAGCAGAACGUCAGGGCCUUCGGCGGGGACCCCGGCAACGUGACGGUGGCGGGCGUGGGCGCGGGGGCCGCGGCGGCCAUGCUGCACGCCGUCACCUCGAAAGGGCUGUUGCAGCGCGUCAUCGCCGUCAGCGGCUCGGCCCUCAGCCCCUGGUCGCUGACUGAGAACACGCAGGCCGCCGUCGACGUCCCCGCGCGCCGCCUGGCCGAGGCCAUGCGCUGCGACUGCCCCAUCCCCGUGCCGGCCGCCGCCAACGCCACCGCCAACGCGUCCGUCAACGCCGCCGCGCUGAACAGCACCAGGCCCGCCAACCUGACGGACAUGGUGGAGUGCCUGCGGUCGCGCAGCGUGGCCGAGGUGUUGUACGCCUCGGCGCGGCUGCAGGGCUGGGCGGGGCUGCCGCCGGCGCCCUUCGGCCCCGUCGUGGAGCUGCAUGGCGUCCAGCCCUUCCUCGCCGACGCGCCGCUCCGGCUGUGGCGCCACGCCGGCGUGCCCCUGCUGCUGGGGCUGUCCGGGAGCGAGGGGCUGCAGACGCUGGCCGGCUGGGAGAAGAAGGGCCUGCUCCACAACUCCUCGCUGCUGAACCAGCUAGACGCGGACUGGGCGCGCCUGGCGCCGGUGCUGCUCGCCUUCAACUCGACGCCCGAGCUGGACAAGAGCGCCGCGUCGGAGGACCUCCGUCGCCGCUACCUGGGCAACGGGACGGCCGCCGAGGACGCCGAGGGCGUGCUGCGGCUGUUCGCGGACCGCCACGUCGUGGUGCCCGCCCUGCGCGCCGCCAUCGCGCACGCCCAGCAGGCCGAGCAGGCCGUCUACCUCUACCGCUUCGGCUGGAGCGCGACGCAAGAGGUCUCGGCCUUGGCUGGGCCGGCGGGUGGCAGUGACGCCAACCUGCUGCUGAUGCAGCCCUCCGCCACAGAGGCCCAGAGGCUGCCCGCGCAGAAGGCCAUGGUCGGCGACAUCCUGGACGUGUGGGCCAGCUUCAUCCAGGACGGGGUGCCGUCGCUAGGCAACACCACUCUGCAGAGCGUGGCCGUCAAGGACGCCAAGGACGUGCCCGAGGACCUCCCCGUCCUGGAACUGCAGCGGCCCGGAGUACACCGCCAGGGCAACUGGUCGGUGCACGAGCUGCUGGCCUUCUGGGAUGGCCUGCCCUUGCUGGAGAACAAGAAGCCACCCAGCGAAACGACGACCGUCGCUGCAAAAACCGACUCCCAGAGGAACGAGAUGUCCUCGUCCAGCAACAAAUGGGAACACUUCAGGCUGCUCCUGCUGGCUGCCCUGCCACUUCUCUGCUUGAACUGGAUCUAAAUAUUUUCACCCCAGAUUUCGGAAGGCCGAGUACACUGAAGCACAUUCUCAUUUAAAUUAAAUUAUGAUUGCAAUAGAGAUCAAAGUUGACGCAACACCGCAGUUUCAGUUUUUUACAAAAUAAUUUAUUGUUGUUGUUGUUUUUCUGUUGUUAUGUUUGAAAUACACAUCUGAAUAAGUA